CCUGGCGGGAAACCUGAGCAGAAGAAGGAGGCAGAGGGAGGCCUUCUUCUGCUUCUGCUUCUGGUUCUGGUUCCGGUUCUGGUUCUGGUUCCAUCAGGUUCUUCAGCUCCGCAGUUUGAUGGAUUCAUCUUCUAGGUCUAUGAUUUAACUUCCGGAUGUGACGUCACCCCGUUAAGGCGGCCGCGCGACUCUCAGGUGCAGCAGCGAUGGAGCCCCCUGGUGGAGCAGAGGGAGGCAGCAGGGAGGUGGGCUGCCAGUGGGACGGUUCUGGUGAGGCGACCCGGAAGGAGGUGGGCUGCCAGAGCGACGGCAUGGAAACCAGAGACGCCGGCGUCCAGGUGGACCUUCUGGGUCAGAACCUCAGCUGGAGACACUCAGGGUCCCCCGCCAUGCUGCUGCAGUGUCUGUCCGUCAGAGGCGACGGGUCAGACGGCGGCGCUCUGCUGCAGCACUGCAGCCCUAACCGGACCAGAACCAGAAUCAUCAGACCUGCGGUCAAACUGUCUGACGAGCCCACCGACACCAGAACCAGAACCAGGAGGAGAGCCGCUCUGCGGGGCUCCAACAGCGUCAGAACCAACGGCAGACAGAACCGGCAGCGCUGCCCGUCACCAGACCUCCAGGAGGAGGAGGAGGAGGAGGAGGAGGAGGAGGAGGAGCCAGUGCAGGACGCUGCUGAUCCCACCUGGACCCCUAGAGGAGACGCCACGGGCCCCCGGCCUCUGGCUCCCUCAGAGCCCGUUCUGGGCGUGGCCUCUGAGCGCGGCGGCCUGCGGGCGGUGAAGCUGGAGGCCGACAGCACGGUGUGCGACGUCUGCGGUAAGGUGAUGAAGAGCAAGUCCAGCCUGGCCCGCCACUCCUUCAUCCACACCGGGAAGAAGCCCUUCGCCUGCCACCUCUGUGACCUCCGCUUCAACCGCCGCGACAACCUGCAACACCACCUCAGCCACCUGCACCCCAAUGGCGUGCCGCGGCGCGAGAAAAGGCCGCUGGCGCCCGCCUGGCUGUGCGCCGUCUGCGGGAAGACGUUCAGCUGCCGCUCCAGGCUGAAGACCCACGAGGUGAUCCAUUCGGGGGAGAAGCCGUUCCGCUGCGAGCGCUGCCCCAAGGCCUACAUGAGGAUCAACGACCUGGAGCAUCACAGGAAGGCGGUGCACGCGGCCGGCGCCGCCGCGCCUCAGCGCCCCGCCUCGCUGCUCUGCGACCUUUGCGGCAAAGAGUUCAAGUGCCGCUCGCAGCUGGCCGUCCACUUCCAGACCCACACCGGCGAACGGCCGCAUCUAUGCGACAUCUGCGGCCGCAAGUUCGCCCGUCAGUACCAGCUGAAGCGCCACAAGAUCCUCCUGCACCCCAACCACCUGGACGCCGAGGACGGCCCGCCGCCCGGCGACGGCUUCACCUGCGGCGUCUGUGGAAAGAGGCUGAAGUCGGAGGUGCAGCUCGCCGCCCACGCUCGCAUCCACCUGGCCGACAAGCCUCACCGCUGCAGCGUCUGCCAGCGAGGCUUCCACCACGCCGCCAGCCUCAAACAGCACCACCUGCGCGUCCACCUGAGGACCAAGGCCGGCGAGUCGUCGCGAUCGUCCGGGCGCAGGAGAAGCGGCGGCGUGUUCAGCUCCUUCCCUUGUCCCGUCUGCGGCAAGGCGUUCCGCUUCCGCUCGCUGCUGGCCAGCCACGCCCUCAUCCACAGCGACGUGCGGCCGUUCGCCUGCGACUUCUGCAGCCGCAGCUUCCGCCGACUCAGCCACCUGAAGAGGCACCGUGACGUCGUCCACGCCGACGGAGCGCGGCCGCCCCAGAGCUUCGUCUGCCACAUCUGUGGCAAAGACAAAAAGUGUCGUUCGCAGCUGGCCAGACACGUCAUCAUCCACACCGGCGAGCGGCCGUUCACCUGCGAGCUCUGCCCCGCCCGCUUCAACCGCCGCGGCAACCUGCAGCAGCACCAGAGACGCAUGCACGGCCUGGGCAAGCCGGCCGAGGCUCCGCCCAUCCUGUUCGAGGACGAGGACGAGGCUGUGGGCUACAGGCAGCAGGAGGGGGAGGAGUCACCGCACGGGGAGGAGGGGGAGGAGUCACCCCAUGGGGAGGAGGGGGAGGAGUCACCCCAUGGGGAGGAGGGGGAGGAGUCACCCCAUGGGGAGGAGGGGGAGGAGUCACCCCACGGGGAGGCGGCGUGCGGCGUGGAACACAUGGAGCUCAGCUGACGCUCUGAGCGCGCUCACUGAGGGACCAGACAGGCUGAGCGUCAUAUAGAUGAUGGGUUGUCAUGGUAACAUGGGUUGGAGGCGGGAACUGAUUAGACCCAUGAUGUGUGUUGGUUCAGAGAUGAUCCAAUCAGGGAGCUGGGGGCGGAGCCGCUGAAGGUCCGUUCUCCUGGAGCUUCAUGUUCUGAUGCCGCAGGACGUUUGGACCCACUGGUUCUGCUGGUUCUGCUGGUCCAGUCUGUGCCUUUCACACUUUGCU